AUGUCGUCGUGGCCGUGGGAAAUUGACAAGUUGCAACCGGCGUUGGAUUCGGGAGGUCGUGAUGGUGUGCUUGAUAUGGACGAUAUCGCAUCUGUUCACGGGGUUACUAAGGAUGACAACGAUUAUGCUCCGUUAGUCUUCAUGUUCUCUGCCAGAAAGAUGGCCAACGCCGUCGGUGUCAGAAGCGUUAGAGCUUGUGAUAGUUGUAUAAAGAAACGUGCACGUUGGUACUGUGCUGCCGACGAUGCUUUUCUUUGCCAAGCCUGUGAUUCGUCGGUUCAUUCGGCGAAUCCGCUUGCUCGUAGACAUAAAAGAGAUCGCCUGAAUACUGGUUCGGUGAAGUCCUCCGGCGAUGAAGUUGUUCCAUUGGAGAGGUUUUCACCGUCCUGGGAUCGAGGGUUUACGAAGAAGGCAAGAACAAGGCGAACCGUGAAGGGGUUUGCUCAUACGAAAAGGAAGAACAACCCGAUUCCUGUUGUGCCAGAAGUCGGGAACGAUGAGAUAUCGCAUGAGGAGAAUGAAGAGGAGCAGUUGCUUUAUAGGGUACCCAUAUUUGAUCCUUUUGUUGCUGAAUUAUGCACUUCGACGACGUCGAACGAAGCAGCCGUGAGUGCGGUGGGAAACGACGUUGAAACCCCGGAUGCUACUAUUGCGACUGAGUACAAAGCUUUCUUGGGUUUUAAUGGACAAGAUGUGGAUUGCUCGCAUGGGGUUUUCCCUUCCGAGAUGGAUCUUGCAGAGUUUGCUGCAGACGUUGAGAGUUUGCUCGGUAAGGGUCUCGAAAACGAGUCAUUUGCAAUGGAGGAGCUGGGGCUAAUUGACUCCAAACAGUAUUUUAGAGUGUGUUCUUUGGGAAACAGUAAAGUGAAGACCGAAGAUGAAGUGAGUUUCGAAGACGGUAUGGCGAGAGAGCCACUUGAGUUAAGCUUCAACUAUGAUACUCCGGUAAGUUGUGGCGGCGAGGAAGAGUUCGUAAAGGAAGAAGCUGCUAAACUGAAGAAGAAGAAAACACUCUUGAGCCUAAACUAUGAAGCUAUAAUCGCAGCCUGGGCAUCUCAAGGCUCCCCAUGGACGUCUGGUGGCCGACCAGAUUUCGACCCCGAAGAAUGCUGGCCUGAUUGCAUGGGAAAUGGUGAAACAGAAUUUCUGCAUAGGUAUAGUAGUUUGAUGGGCAAGGGAGGACAAACGCAGGCAAUGGGCGAUGGAGGAAGGGAAGCAAGAGUAUCAAGAUACAGAGAAAAGAGGAGAAGGAGGUUGUUCUCGAAGAAAAUAAGGUACGAGGUUCGGAAACUGAAUGCCGAGAAGAGGCCUCGAAUGAAAGGGAGGUUCGUCAAGAGAGCAUCGUUUCUUGCUGCUUUUCCAUUGCACGCCAACUAGUCUACCUGUUUUUCUUUUUUUUACAAA